AUGAGACGCUUUUCUGUGUUCUGUGUCUAUGUUUGUGACUUUGUGAGUUUGUUAGCAUUUUGUUUGGCGUUAUCUGAAAUUGAAGAGGAAACAAUGGCGGGCGGUAAAGCUGGUAAGGAUAGCGGAAAAGCAAAAGCUAAGGCUGUUUCUCGUUCAGCGCGUGCUGGAUUACAGUUUCCAGUUGGAAGGAUACACAGACAUCUAAAAAACAGGACCACAAGUCAUGGAAGAGUAGGUGCAACUGCUGCUGUUUAUUCUGCAGCAAUUUUGGAGUACUUGACUGCUGAAGUGUUGGAGUUGGCAGGAAAUGCUAGUAAAGAUUUGAAAGUGAAAAGAAUCACUCCGCGCCAUUUGCAGCUUGCCAUCAGAGGAGAUGAAGAACUUGACAGUCUGAUAAAAGCUACCAUUGCUGGAGGUGGUGUUAUCCCACACAUCCAUAAAUCGCUGAUUGGAAAGAAGGGGGCACAUUCACAACCGGCUUAA